AUGCCACCUAAAUUCACACCGCGUCUGCGAAAGCAGAGGCACCGCCAAAACCCUGCUGGGGAGUCUGCCGACACCAAUGCUGCUCAAGUCGAGCCCGUCUCCAAAGAUGAGAAGGAAGCGCGCCGACAGAAAUUACAAGCAGAGCUUCGAGAGCAACAGCCUAAUAUGUCCUCGAAGAAACAGAAGCGUCUGGACAAGUAUAUUGAAAACAAACUCAAGAAGGAAGAGAACAUCGAAUUACUGAAGAAGCUCGCCAAAUCCUCCGUCGACACAUCGGCCCUCCAGAGUUCGAGGGACCUUUUCAAGCGCAAGAGACAGGAAGACGACGUACCUGCUACCGCCGAUGCCGCGCCCACGCGCAAUGCUGCCGCAGACCUCUCGGGAGAUGACAGUGACGACUCCGAUAUCCACCUGAAGGUAUCAGACCCCAGGACAGAUCCAGUGGUGGAAGCACAAAAACAGGCGGAUAUAGCUGCUGGAAGUGGGUUGAAACGCCCACUUGAAAUGGGGGCCGAUGGAUUCCCGGUGAUGAAGAAGAGGAAGCGCGCACCCAAGAAGAAGGCUGCCCCAGCACCGGCAAAGGCAGAGGUCGCUUGGGAGGGCUUUGACUCCGACGAGGAGGACGAGGAAGACGAGGAAGAAGAUGAAGAUGAGGACGAAUCUGGAAGUGACAUUGAAGGCUCUGAAGACGAUGAGUCCGAGGGCACUUCCUCUGAGGGUUCCGAUGAUGAGGAGGACUCUGAAGAUUCUGAAGAGUCAGACGAUGAGGAGAUGGAAGAUGCUCCUGUUCUCAAGACUCGCCAGUCUGCUUUCAAAUCUUGGGCACAGCAGCAAAUCAAUGAAGUUUCAGGAUUCACGCCCACUCAGGGUGCAAUCACCGAAGAAGAGCAGAAGUUUGACCCGUCCAAACUGCCAGCUCGUCACAAUACCACCGAGCAAGAGCCCCUGCCUCGAGAAUUGCAGGUGACUCAGGGCGAUCCCAACCGCAAAGCAUUCAGUGUUGCUGUCAACCGCUCAGAGGAGAUCCAAGCUGCCCGUAUUGGCCUCCCUGUUGUCGGUGAAGAGCAGAAGAUCAUGGAAGCCAUCUACAACAACUCUGUGGUUGUCAUCUGGGGUGCUACUGGUUCCGGAAAGACCACACAACUUCCCCAGUUCCUGUUUGAAUCUGGCUUUGGAUCUCCAGGUAGCCCGAACCCGGGCCUCAUCGGUGUCACUCAGCCUCGUCGAGUUGCGGCCGUGAGUAUGGCUAACCGUGUCUCCCAAGAAUUGGGUGAACAUGCCGAAAAGGUCUCUUAUCAAAUUCGUUUUGAGUCUACGGCAUCAAAGAAGACUGCCAUCAAGUUCAUGACCGAUGGUAUUCUCUUGCGCGAGAUUGCGGAUGACUUUGCCCUCCGCAAGUACUCUAUCAUUCUUAUUGAUGAAGCUCACGAGCGUAGUGUCAAUACUGAUAUUCUCAUCGGAAUGGUCAGCCGUAUUGUGGGCCUCCGCAAGUCUCUCAGUGAAGAAGACCCUUCUAUCAAGCCCUUGAAGGUCGUCAUCAUGUCGGCUACUCUGCGCAUUUCCGACUUCACUGAGAAUCCCAGUCUUUUCCGCAGUGGUCCACCUCCGCUAGUGCAAGCUGAGGGUCGCCAAUAUCCUGUCUCGGUUCAUUUCUCCCGGCGCACACAGCGUGACUACGUUGAGGAUGCGUUCCGCAAGGUCUCCCGUGGACAUCGCAAGCUUCCACCUGGUGGCAUGCUUGUGUUCCUGACUGGACAGAACGAGAUCAGGCAGCUUUCCAAGCGCCUGAAGGGAGCAUUCAAGCCCACUCAGCGCGAGGACACCACGCAGGCGAAGGUUCAGCUGUCUGCCAACGAGGCGCCACUGGAGGCUGAGGACCUCGAGCUGGGUGGUACCGAGAUGGACAACGCGGGUGAGGAUGACUACGACAGUGAUUUGGAGAUUACAGGAUUGGACGAUGCCGAGGAAGAUGAAGGCUUUGAUCUGGGCGAAGAAGCAAUGGACUCUUCGACUCGGGUUCACGUUCUGCCUCUUUACUCACAGCUUCCGACAAAAGAGCAGAUGAAGGUCUUCGAGGCACCCCCAGAGAACUCCCGUCUCAUCAUCCUCGCUACCAACGUCGCUGAAACGUCUCUCACAAUCCCUGGUAUUAAGUACGUGUUCGACUGCGGACGAUCGAAGGAGAAGCAAUUCGAUCUCUACACUGGUGUCCAAAGCUUCCAGAUUGGCUGGAUCAGCAAAGCAAGUGCAAACCAGCGAGCUGGUCGUGCCGGUCGAACAGGCCCCGGUCAUUGCUACCGAAUGUACUCCUCUGCGGUCUACGAAGCGGAUUUCGCCGAAUACACCGAUCCAGAGAUCCUGCGCACGCCAAUUGAGGGUGUUGUCCUCCAAAUGAAGAGCAUGGGUCUACACAACGUCAUUAACUUCCCAUUCCCCACGCCCCCAAGCCGUCAAGGUCUGGCCAAGGCUGAAAAGCUGCUCAAAAACCUCGGCGCUCUAUCAUCUGAUGGCCAAGUCACGCAAAUCGGCCGUCGUCUCUCUACAUACCCCCUUUCUCCCCGAUUCAGCAAGAUGCUCCACAUCGGCCACCAGCACGGCUGUAUGCCGUACGUGAUCGCACUCGUCGCCGCGCUAGCAGUCAGCGAUCUCUUCAUCCCCCAAAACCAACUGGAUCCGCCCAAGGCCCAGAACAAGAAGAACGACUCAGACAGUGACAGCGACAGCGACACAGAGCGCAAGGUCUACACAAACGCAGAUCGAAUCGAGGAUACAGCGCGCGAACAAAAAUCCAAAGCCCAUGCCCGUGCCCACCGCCUGUUCUCCAAACACGACGACACCUCCGACGCCCUCAAAUCCCUCUCUGCAAUCUGCGCAUACGGCUACGCUUCAGACGGCGAUGCCUUCGCAGACCAAAUGUUCCUCCGUGCCAAGGCCUUCAAAGAAGCAACCCAACUCCGCCGCCAACUGACCGACAUCGUCCGCUCCAACAACCCCGGUCUGGUCCCAACAUACACACCCCGUCUCCCAGAACCAUCCCCCAAGCAAAUCAAAGCCCUCAAACAAAUCGUCACAGCAGGCUUCAUCGACCAAGUCGCUAUCCGCGCAGACCUGGCUCCCGUCCCGCCUGAGAUCCCCCGCGCUCCUCGUCGCGCAAUCGACGUCCCAUACCUCACUCUCUUCCGAUCACGGGAUGGAAAGGGAACAGAUCUCGUUGAGCGUGCCGUCUACGUUCAUCCCUCUUCCCUGCUUGCACAGCUGACUCCUAAGGAAAUGCCGCAGUAUAUCACUUACUCGCAUUUGCAGCAGUCUGCCGCGCUGGUUGGUGAUCAAAUCCCUAAGAUUCGCAUGUUCCCACUCGUUGUGCCUAGUGGUCUGCAGCUUUCUGCCAUUGCGCAUGAAACACCGCUCAUCGAGUAUGGCAAGCCGAUUGGGAAGGCGGAUGCUAUUGAAGGUGUGCCUCCGCGUAGAUCUUGCUGGGUCAUUCCCUCGCUGGUUGGUGACGCAGGUAAUACGGGAUGGCCACUGCCUGCUAAGAAGGUUGUUCAAAAGAAGGAUCCCAAGGAGGGAUGGGUGAUUGAGAAAUUCGUGUCGUGA